UAUUGAUUACGCAUGCGCGGUCAUUCAUCUGAGAACUUCACAGCAUCACGAUUUUGUAAACAUGUACCAGUAAAUAAAUUUAUCAGUUUCCAAAUAUUCUUCAUAAGUAGAGUAAAUAAGCAAAGACAGUGAAAAUGCGUUUAGGAAUAAUUUGUGUUUUCUUCGUUUUCGUAAAGAACAGUUUGGGCGUGAAGCUCCUGGAAGCUAAUCCGGAUGUCAAACGCUUGUAUGACGAUUUGCUCAGCAACUACAACCGCUUGAUUCGACCGGUCACCAAUGUGAGCGACAUUCUCACUGUCCGACUGGGACUGAAGUUGUCGCAACUGAUGGAGGUCAAUUUGAAGAACCAGGUCAUGACCACGAACCUUUGGGUGGAGCAGAAAUGGUUCGAUUACAAGCUGACAUGGAACCCCGACGACUAUGGCGGCGUUGAGAUGCUCUACGUGCCGUCGGAGCACAUCUGGCUCCCCGACAUAGUGCUUUACAACAACUGGGAUGGGAACUACGAAGUUACUCUAAUGACGAAAGCCACUCUGAAGUACACCGGCGAGGUGAACUGGAAGCCGCCCGCUAUAUACAAGUCAUCGUGCGAGAUCAACGUUGAAUAUUUCCCUUUCGACGAGCAGACUUGCUUUAUGAAAUUCGGCUCUUGGACUUACAAUGGGGCACAGGUCGACUUGAAACACAUGGACCAGUCACCCGGCAGCAGCCUGGUGCACGUCGGGAUCGACCUCAGCGAGUUCUACUUGUCAGUGGAAUGGGACAUAUUGGAAGUACCUGCCACCAGAAAUGAGGAAUACUACCCGUGUUGUCCAGAGCCUUUUUCAGAUAUAACUUUCAAACUUACGAUGCGCCGCAAGACCCUGUUCUACACUGUGAAUCUCAUAAUACCUUGCGUAGGGCUAACGUUUUUGACUGUUCUCGUGUUUUACUUACCGUCCGAUUCGGGGGAGAAGAUAUCGCUCUGCAUCUCAAUCCUGGUGUCCCUCACAGUGUUCUUCCUUGGUUUGGCCGAGAUCAUCCCGCCAACGUCCCUGGCGAUUCCGUUGCUAGGAAAAUACCUGCUAUUUACAAUGAUACUCGUGUCGCUCAGCGUAUGGGUCACAGUUUGCAUUGUGAACGUCCACUUCAGGUCUCCAUCGACACAUACAAUGUCUCCGUGGAUGAAGAAACUGUUCUUGCAAUUCAUGCCCAAGCUGCUUAUGAUGAGGAGGACCAAAUACUCCUUGCCGGACUACGACGAUACAUUCGUCUCGAAUGGAUACACCAACGAACUGGAAAUGAGCCGUGACAGCCUGACUGACGCGUUCGGCGACUCAAAGAAUGGUGACAGCGGCGAUUAUCGUAAAUCACCGGCACCUGAAGAUGACAUCCUGGCUGGUAGCGCACACCAGAGGCCAUCAGUGACGGAGUCGGAGAACAUGAUCCCACGUCACUUGUCUCCAGAGGUGGCUGCCGCACUGCAGAGCGUCAGGUUUAUCGCGCAACACAUCAAGGACGCCGACAAGGAUAACGAGGUCAUUGAAGACUGGAAGUUCAUGUCUAUGGUUUUGGACAGGUUCUUCCUCUGGUUGUUCACCAUCGCCUGCUUCGUGGGCACCUUCGGAAUCAUCUUCCAGUCCCCAUCUCUCUAUGACACCAGGGUCCCUGUGGACCAGCAGAUAUCCUCCAUUCCGAUGAGGAAGAACAACUUCUUCUACCCGAAGGACAUUGAAACCAUUGGUAUUGUCAGUUAAACUGUUACA